AUGCGUCGACCGAAUUCCCAUCACGCAUGGAACUUUGACAUUGAUCGAUACCUCGAUCCAAUCGUUCCCGCGCCGCCAUGGCGCUACCUGCCCUACCCAGUCGCCCACUUCCUGGGCUACCGCAAGACCAAGCCCGCCAACACGGGCAACAUCAUGCCCACCUUCUGGGCCUUUAUCGGCAUCUUCUGCGCCAUCAUCAUUGUCCAGGUCGUCUCGACGCACAUUCCGAGCUUUGAGAGCCACCAUGUGCCCGCUAUCGUCGGGUCGUUUGGCGCCACCGCUGUCCUCGAGUUCUACGCCAUAGAGUCUCCGCUCGCGCAGCCUCGCAAUGCAUUCAUCGGUCAGUUGCUGGCGUCCGUCAUUGGCGUCGCCGUCGCGAAGCUGUUCCUCCUCAGCAACCACUUCGACAGCAUCCAGUACGUCGGCGGCGCGCUCGCCUGCGCCGCCACCACCUCCCUCAUGGCCCUCACCAAGACGGUCCACCCGCCCGCCGGCGCCACUGCGCUGCUCGCCGUCGUCGACGACCGCCUCCUCGGCCUCGGCUGGUUCCUCAUCCCCGUGAUGGCGCUCGGCUGCACGCUCAUGGUCGCCGUCGCCCUCGUCGUCAACAACAUCGAGCGCCGCUUUCCCGUCUACUGGUGGACGCCGGAGACGCUGCACGCCAAGCGACCGAUCCUGCACCGCGCCAAGGAGGAGGAUCCGGAGAGCCUGGCGCCGGCUGGCAGCGCGACCACGGCGGAAGAGCCGAAGACGAUUGGCUCCGAGACGGAGGAUGGUGCGGAGCCGUCGCCGGAGACGUUGGCGGACAUCUUGCACCGCAAGCACGAGCACAACGAGGUCGUAAUCCGGCCGGGCGAUGUCGUGGUACCGCAGGAGAUGUAUCUGACGCAGGAGGAGGUACAGUUGCUCGAGACGCUUAGCAGACGUCUGUAG